CAGCACACCCCACCUCCUUGGGCAGACCUCCAAGGCAGAGCUCGGGGCGGGAGGGGCCCACAUCCGUCCUCUGAGUCAGGCCCAGGGCCCUUACACCAAAUAACAGAGCCAUUCUGAGGGAGAAUAGACUGAAGCUCAGAGGGGAGCAGAGUUUAGGAUUGGACUCGCCCACUCCUCCCUAUCCCGUUCUAGAAGGAUAGUUAGAGUCCCUGCCCCCACUGCCCCCCUCCCCCCUGCCCCGCCUCCCGAAGCCUGGUCCAGCCUCUCCCUGAACCUGACCGCCAGCCCCAGUCUGGGCCAGCCCGGGCCCACGAGCCCCCUCCCUGGAUCUCCCCCUGCCUUCCUGGCCCUGGUGCGCAGGUGGAGGAGAUCCGUGGCUUCAUUGACAAGAUCUCGGAGAACGUGGAGGAGGUGAAGCGGAAGCACAGUGCCAUCCUGGCCUCCCCCAACCCUGACGAGAGUGAGUGUGGAGGACUGAGGGGCGGGUUUGGGGCCUCCAGGAAGGCGCUGCUGCCCGGGAGGGGCUCCUGGAACCCCAGCACCCUCACCGUUGGUCGGCAGAGGGGUACCUUGGCGUGGCCGGGAUGGGGAGGGCCCCUGUGGAAAGCUUCGGGAAACACAGUUGGCCCAGGCGUGGGGCGGGGUUCAGCGCCCGGGUCCCACGCGGACUUGUGCGGAGUGGGGCGGCCAUCCUGGGGCCUGGGUGGCAUCGGGCGCCAGCCCCACCCUCUCCAGGUAAGCUGGGUAGGUGGGUGCUGCCCAGCUCCAAAGGAAGCCUCCCCACCCAGCCCCUCCCCUUCCCGAGCCUCCCGGGGGAGCAGAUGGCAAUGCCGAGGCUCAGCGCCGUGGGAGGGCAAGCCGGCCGAGCGGGAGGAGCUUCCGGAAAGAGCUGGCAGCCACUGGUACCCCGGGGCUGGGCAUUAUCAGGAUUCCAGGAAGUCACCUUUCUCCCUCUGCACAAGGAGCCUCUGUGUGUCUGCAUUCCGCUCUGUCCCCAGACAGGUCCUCCUGACCCUGCCGUCACAGUUGCUGGGGAGGUGCUGAUCGCUGCACUGCCCUGUGUGGGGCUGGCGGCAUGCGGGCCCCAGAUUCCUUCCCCUCGGCCCCAGGGAGUCCGCGACAGGGCUGGGGUCCCGGCCCGCGACCUGGACAGUUGACUGUGCAUAUAUGCACACAGCUUCUGUCUGCUCAUCUCCUCCCUCACCUCUCCAGCCCUUUUGGGAGGCACCAGCCCACGGGGCCCCAAGAAUGCAAAGGGGAGGCUCCCAUCCCUGGGUGGGCCAGGUGAAGUGCUCAGGACUGGGUUUCUGUGUCCUCGACAGCAGUGCGUCUCCAUCCAUAGGCCCUCAGCCCUGGUUCCACUGGUGUCCUCAAGCGCCCAGAAGACAUCUCUCCACAGCCCCAAAGAGUGCUUGAACGUGAGACCAGUGCCAGGCCCUUGGGAAGCAAAAUGAGUCCGCUGGGAGCCAGGAGACUGUGCUGGGAAUGGGUGGGAAGGAGAGAGGGGUCACCCGGGGCAGGGCACACAUUCGGUGUGGCCGUCAUGCAUUGGCCCUCUCCCCAGCAGUUUAUCUGGGAAGGCAGCUGUGACAUGGUGGGUUUUAGUGCGCAUGUGUGUCUGAGUCCGUGUGUGCCCCCGUGUGGGCCCCUCCUGAUGAGAGAGGGGGCUGCCUGUGAGAACAGAGUACUUGAAAGAGCUGGGGCAUUGGCCUGUCACCCGCUGGAAGACGGGGAGAGUGUGGGGCAACGGAGAUGCCAGUCCGUUUCUCUUGGCUCCCCUGUGCCACCUUCCACACAAGGUCUCCCCGAGUCCUACAGUCAGUAGCAACCCGCUAGGAAUUGCCACCGUGAGCUGAGCAGUCAGGACCAGCCAGCGGUCACUGAUGUGGGCUCACGGGCCGUUCCUCGUGGGGAGGGGACUCCUUCUAGGGCAGAGGGCGCCGUUAACAAGGAGUGACUGGGAAAGAUGGCAGUGAGCGGGGGGCUUGCCCAGGCCGAGGCUUGCUCGGUCUCCCCUGGGCGCGGCCAUCCGGGCCGGGCUAUUUUGGGUCUGAGCAAAAGCGGCUGAGACGUCAGAGCAGCUGGUAACUAAGUUUCCUUUGUUUGAACGAACGAGGCGCCCUCCUCCGCUCCUCGAAGCCCCCCACCUCAUGAUCCACUUGGUAGGCACCCCCCCAUCAACCUCUAUAAGCCCCUCCCAACCCCUUACAGGAGAGGCCCCAGCCCCAGAGGAAAACAGACGGUGGAUAAGAAGGCUCAGCCAAGAGCUCAGUCCUGGUUUCUCCAGGAAGUAGAGCCCUGGGGUCGCCCUGAGGCUGGGGCGCUGUCCGGAGCCGUUGCUGCAUCACCCCACGGGAGAGCAGCCCCCUGGCCCCCCUUGGCCAGCCAGCCCUUUGCUGGGGGUUGAGCAAGCUGAGUACCCCUAUGGCCUCUACCAGCUUUAGAGAGAUGGUUCCAGUUGGAACAAGGGCCCGAGAAACACUAGGUCAUGGCCUUCCCCCAACUUCCCCCUCUUAGGCCCAGCCGCCUGCUGCUUCACGGCCAACUGUGGGCCGAGGCCCACCUCUUUGAGGCGCUUCUCCGCCAGCUCCCAUCCAGGCCAGGUGCCUCACGCCCCCGUCUACCCGCCGGGCUCAGCACCUGGGAAGGGGGGACUCUAGCAGAACAAGGUCCACCCCACCCAAGCUGCUUGCUUCGGCCUCUCUGGCCCCUGGCUCUGUCACCCCCUUGGCUGGAUGCUUCCCCCCUGCGCCAGAGCUACCAGGUAGCGCUAGAGACGAAGGAGGAACUGGAAGAGCUCAUGUCUGACAUCAAGAAGACAGCAAACAAAGUUCGCUCCAAGUUAAAGAGCAUUGAGCAGAGCAUCGAGCAGGAGGAAGGCCUCAACCGCUCAUCCGCAGACCUGAGGAUCCGAAAGACACAGCACUCCACGCUGUCCCGCAAGUUCGUGGAGGUCAUGUCCGAGUACAACGCCACGCAGUCCGACUACCGCGAGCGCUGCAAGGGCCGCAUCCAGAGGCAGCUGGAGAUCACUGGCCGGACCACGACCAGUGAGGAGCUGGAGGACAUGCUGGAGAGCGGAAACCCGGCCAUCUUUGCCUCCGGGAUCAUCAUGGACUCCAGCAUCUCAAAGCAGGCUCUGAGCGAGAUCGAGACGCGGCACAGUGAGAUCAUCAAGCUGGAGAACAGCAUCCGUGAGCUGCACGACAUGUUCAUGGACAUGGCCAUGCUUGUGGAGAGCCAGGGGGAGAUGAUUGACAGGAUUGAGUACAACGUGGAACAUUCGGUGGACUACGUGGAGAGAGCGGUGUCUGACACCAAGAAGGCCGUCAAGUACCAGAGCAAAGCACGCCGGAAGAAGAUCAUGAUCAUCAUCUGCUGCGUGGUCCUGGGCAUCGUCAUCGCCUCCACCUUCGGAGGCAUCUUCGGAUAGAAACCACCCCACCCGCCACCCCGCUCGGGAUGGUCUGCCCUCAGGAGGCCCCUUGGCUGCUGCUGCCUUCUGGCUCGGAGCCCCUUCCUCCCCGCCCCGUACUGCUCCUUUCUCUGCCGCAGGGCCCUCCAUCCCCACCCCGAGCCGUCGUGUGCAUGAUCUCUGUGACCGUGUGUGUGUGUGUGUCUGUACGGGGAGCCAGCGGGGAGCCGGGCUGGGAAACAGCCAGUGGGGUGGGGCAGGUCAGCAAGGCACAGACUCAGGCCCUGGCCCAGGCCGCCUCACCCUUCCCAGGUAGUGCCACCCAGGGUAGCCAUAUUCCCCCCUCCCCCUUCCCCUGCCUUCACGAAUUCCACUCCAGCCUGGGGUCUGCCCUCUCCUGGGACCGAGGCUCGCUCUGGACCCCAACCUUGCCUCCUCCUGACUGGCCCAUCUGCCCUGACCUCUGUCCUCUCCAGCUGUCCCCCUAAGCCGAGCCCCCUGAGGGGUGGGGACCAGCUGGCCACAUGGUGCUGCUUUUCAGGUUAGGGGAGGGGUGGCCCUGAGAGACAGCCCAGCUCUGAGCCUCUAACAGCUGAUCACUGCCAGGGAGGCUCAGGGUGCUGUGGCCAGGUGGCUUCUGGCUGUGUCGAGACCAGGCUCCCUCCCCUGCCUAGGGGCAGAGUCCAGAGGGUCUUGGCUGCCUCAUCCUCCCUUCCCGCAAUCCUGCAACCCCAGGAGCGACCCCUUUGGGCUGUGCCUGACCCCAGGUAACACUCCACAAGAGACUGUCCGGUGCCUGGUUUCCAGCCACCCUUCCGGCCAGGGAGGCAGAUCGGGCCCGUCAGUUCUCUGCCAUAAGCCGAAGCCUGCACCCUGGGCCAGCCACUCUCCCCGGCAGGCCUCAGCCAGGUCCUCAAGCCAUUGUGUUGCAUGUUUGGGACAGUGGUUCCUGCUCUCUCGUGCUCUGGGAAGUCAGGUGUCCCUUCAGGCCUGCAAUCGCGUCCUGCCCUUGCUGUUCCCCAGUGAUGUGCCACGUGGGUGUCUGCUGUCUAGGAUGCAGUAUUCAGCAGCCAGCCAGGGAGGAGUACCUCCCUCCUCCCCAUCUCGGGGCUUCUCAAGUCAGAAACGUGCCCCCACCCAAGCCCCCCUCUUCCUCGUUGACAGGCAGGGAGUGUGCAUGCGAGUGCAUGCAGUAGGGGAUGGGGCCGCAUCCGUGCCCCGCCUUCCCUCAGCUCUGCUCCUGCCCAGUGACUGUGACCACUGUCCGUGCUGCCUUCUUUAACAGCAACUUCCCUUCCUCCACCCCUUCACCAAAGGUCUUGGUACAACCAGCUGCCCCUUUUGUGAAAUUUUUACGUAGAAUAAACAUUUGUAUCUGUA